AUGGCGCUGAUAAAAUUUCUAACGACCAUUGCGACGGGCUUCCUUCUCCUAGGGUCUGUCCUCGCUGCUAGUGAUGCUGGCAACUCUUCGCAGCACGUUGUGCCCAAUGCGGCUGGGGAGUCAGCCAUCGAUCCAGCCAAAGUCCGGAAGUACAAGGGUCUUCUUGAUAACUUCAACUGGAGAGACAAGUUCGACGACGGGUUCAAGUGGCACGACAUCGUCGACAGUUACACCCCAGUCAAUGCGGACUGCUCGCCGAGGUGUCUGACUUGUGCGCCUGGCUGUAACCCCAGAUGCUGUGCACUCGACCGAUCACAGACGACCAGUGAAAGGGCCAAGGGCUCCCCAGAUGGAAUCAUCUCCCGCCCAUUGAUUCCCGGUAUCGGACGGCCCCUUCCUCUUCCACCACUUGGCUGCCCUUGCCAUUGCGAGUCCUGGUGCCCUAGAAACGUCCAAAUUAUCUGCUGCUUCACACCGGCCUCCAUGUCGCCAGACGAACCAGAAGUUGCUGCGGACCGUCAGCGAAGUGGCGUCGUCUACGACGCCACGCAGGAGACUCUCCUCGACCAGAUCCUCCGCCCUAAGGACCUCUUCUGGGGCCACCCAAAUCGCCCACUAGGUUGCCCGUGUUACUGCGCCCCAACCUGCCCGGCAUAUAUCCAAGCCAUCUGCUGCACCACGCCGGGCUCCGAUUCCCGCGUUGCCGAGGUGCCCAAGAAGGUGCACGACGUCCUCGCGAUGGUCACCGAGACUGCGUCCGGGGACCCCGUCUCGGUGCUCGCGGCCAUCAACCUCACGGUCUUUGACAGCUUCAUCACCAUGAACCUCGUGCGCGGGCUGGAGAGGGUCAGUGAGAUCACGUACAGCGAGGACGCCAAGACGUUCGAGAUCACGCUCGGCGUCGCACUCGGGCCCAAGGACGCAAAGCAGGGGCUGGCCCAGACGUUCGUAGUCGUUGACGGAUCGCGCUUGCUGGAAGAGGAGCAGAUCUUGCUCGGGAUGGGCUUCAUGAACAGGAUUGGAGUCGGGGCUGGAGCCGGGGUCGGAGCAGUGAACGUGAACAAGGACUUCCUGACUCCCCUGGAAGAAGGCCUCCCAGUGCUCACAGGCAUUAAUGUAACCGAUAAUUGCAACAAAUGA